AGUCUCUCUGUCUGUCAGUGGUGAUAACACUCGGUGCACGCUUCUCGGGAACAAGAACACCAGCUGUGAUGCAGCGGGCUUUGUUUAGCCGGAGCGCGCUGCUCGCCCAGCCGGUAGCAGCGGCCGUCGACAGUCUUCUGGCCGCGAGGAGCGCGCCUCUGCUGCAGCGCCUGGACCGCUCCAUUUCCUCCGCCACCAUCCCGCCGCCAGCAUGCAUUCUCCGGCCGCUGGAAGCUCCACUGCGUUACCUGUUUGGACCUGGACCCUCAAACGUUCCUCCACGUAUUUUAGCCGCACAGGGCAGGCCGAUAAUUGGUCACAUGCAUCCAGAAAUGUUUGAGAUCAUGAAUGACAUCAAGAGAGGGAUCCAGUACAUCUUUCAGACAGAUAACAACAUGACUAUAGCUAUGAGCGGCUCCGGGCACGCGGCCAUGGAGUGCGCGGUGUUCAAUACGGUGGAGCCCGGAGAGAGCGUGCUCGUUGCCAUUAACGGAAUCUGGGGAGAGCGCGUUGCAGAAAUUGCAGAAAGAAUGGGUGCCAAUGUACAUAGAAUGGUAAAAACACCUGGGGGAUAUUUCAGCAAUAAGGAAAUUGAACAGGCUGUAGAAAAACACAAGCCUGUCCUGUUUUUCCUCACACAUGGAGAGUCUUCCGCUGGCCUCUGUCAUCCAGUAGACGGCAUUGGAGACAUCUGCAGAAAACAUAACUGCCUCUUCCUUGUUGACACAGUCGCAUCUCUUGGUGCAGCACCAAUUUUUAUGGACAAGCAAAAUAUUGACAUCCUGUACACUGGCUCUCAGAAGGCUCUGAAUGCACCUCCUGGCACAGCACCUAUCUCCUUUAAUGACAGAGCAUGCCACAAGAUGUUUAACAGGAAAACAAAACCUGUAUCCUACCUCUUUGAUAUGACUCAUUUGUCCAACUACUGGGGUUGUGAUGGCCAACCAGCCAGAGUAUACCACCACACUGGUCCAGUGUCUGGAUUCUUUGCCCUGAGAGAGAGUCUGGCAGUUAUUGCUGAGAAGGGGCUGGAGGAGUCCUGGAAAAAACACAAGGAGGUGGCAGCCUACCUAUACAGAGGACUGGAGGACUUGGGCCUCAAGCUCUUCAUCCCUGAACGGGACUUGAGGCUCCCCUCCGUCACCACCAUUGCCAUUCCGGACGGCUACAACUGGAGGGAGUUGCUGUCCUAUAUCAUGAAACACCAUCAGAUGGAGAUGACUGGAGGCCUAGGCCCUUCCAUCGGCAUGGUGAUGAGGAUCGGAUUGAUGGGAUACAACUGCGAGAAGAUUAAUGCAGACAUGGCACUACAUGCCCUGGCAGAUGCUCUCAAGAACUGCAAAAAGAGCAAGGCUUAAGACGCCUGAUUCCCUGCCCACCCACCCUGUACUUAUUCAUUAGGAAAUAAAAAGUAAACACUCAGUGAUCCCAACAUGCGGACCCCUGGAACAGUACAUAAAGUUCAGGAAUCUUUCUGUGAUUUUAUAAAACCUAUAACGCCAUGUGCCUUUCUUGUAUAAGUAGGACAGUUUUGAAAUACAGGAGCAGAUAUUGUUAUAUGGUCUAUAUGGUGCACUGAAAGAUGUCAAUAAAGUGUGCUUUAAUUUAUCAAA